UUGAUCAGAACCAGAAGGAAGUAAUCCAGUAUCAACAUUUUGUUAUAAAACAAGGCAAAUUUCAGGAGACGCACUUCAAUUUUACGCAAAUGUGACACAAGCUAGAUCAUCAAAACACUUUAAAAUACCAACUCCAAUAUACCUAUCGAAGCAGACAGAACGCUCCAACACUGCAGGUCCCACUGCCUUGGAAUGGUCCGGUAACGAAAACAGAUCUGCAACAACAGCACAGCCACCACUAAGACCAACAAUAACUGAGAUGGAAACUACAAGUCUGACAUCGUUUAAAGAUCCCAUGACAACAAAAGUUGAUAUUGGAAGCUUGACAAUGUCUGAAGAUCCCAGGCAUGAAGUCACAACUCCAGGAAGCCCAUUAGACAAGUUAGAUGGAACAGCCACAUCAUCAUUGAAGACCACCGACUCCGUUCAAAGUUCAACUGCAGCACUAUAUGUCACCACCAACAAUGCUGCGACUGGAAUUCUCGAUGUCGAAGAUGGGGUUUCAGGUGCAUUGAUGGGGGGCAUCAUAGCAGGCAUCCUGCUCUUUGUUGUGUUGAAUGUUGCCAUGGCAAUUAUAUGGGGACGGAUAAGAAGAUGGAGGGCAAAUUCAAAGGCCACAAAAUCAGAGAACUUAUCGAGUGCCAGUGGCACAGGUGACCUCUAUGAUGACACCAGAUUGAGACCAGGUAACCUCUAUGAUGACACCAGAUUGAGACCAGGUAACCUCUAUGAUGACACCAGAUUGAGACCAGGUAACCUCUAUGAUGACAUCAGAUUGAGACCCAAUGGAGGACUACGGCCACCAAACCAGGGACCCCCUUGGUGUAAUGACAAUGCGGCUUUCAAUAUAAUCAAUGAGGGCGAGUAUACAGAGAUAGGUGCCAGGAGAGGUGGUGUGAAGAACAUCCCUUCCCUCCAGCUACCCACCCCGGAUAACCGAUCCGCAUCAUCUGGUGAACAGACUCCGGUGUAUCUUGUCCUAGAGCUGGAUGGACCACACAGUCCUGUAUACUUCGAAUUAGAAUCAGAACUCUCUAACAGACUUGAUAACGGUGCUGCAGAAGAUGAAAUUUACUCGUCGCUGCGACCGACUGGCUCGGAGACACAGACACCUAUUUAUCAAUCCCUUGAUCCGGAUAACACUGGCGAGCACGUAUUCCCAACGCUUUCAAAAGAAUUGGAAUACGAAUUAGAGAACAUUGCUAAUGACACCAAACCUGAAGUCAGGAUUGUGGAUGGCACACCAAACCUAGAGUACGCUCUUGAAAGCAAUGAACAAGGUGCAAAUGAGGCACAUAGUAAUCGUCGGCCACUGCCGAAAAUAUCUGUUGAUGACACAGGAGCAGACAGCUGUGAUAGUUUCCCAAUUAGUUAUGAUUACGUUUUUGGCAUUGAGGCAAAAAAAGGUCAAUCAGAUUUCCGUCAUUUAGAAAUGGUGACGUCUAUUUAGAACUGGUCGCAGACGAUCAAGUACGAAAGGACAACAUAAGUCAGGAUAGUUACGAUUACGUUCAGGAUGUUGAGAAUUGCCAAAUUCCGGAAAAUCUGGACAGGGAGAGAAAUAGUUAGAAUUGGUUUCUGGGGAUCACGACAGCAAUGAAAGACAUGGAGACGGAAAACUGAUAACAGACGAUAAUAAUCCAAAUAUUUAUCUUGAUCUUAUGCUGAACAGAUAGAUGACGGUUACCUCAAGCCGAUGGUGUCAAGCCAGAACAAAGAGGACGACCACAGCAGUGUGGAGUACGAUUAAACAUAUGCCAGCCAGGACCAGUAUGUGCUGACUUCUGGUGGGCAAGAGAACAACUUAAGUAAUUAACUGCUUGAAGCGGAAUCUCUCUUAAAGGGAACUGAAACCGCCCAGCCAGUUCGUAUGACCUCGUUUCAUUUCCUGCGUAUCGGGUGAUCAGAACGAGGCAUGAAUGAAACAUGGCGCCUAGCUGUCAAUCAUUGAGUGACGUCACUACUAUGGAAUUUACUACGAAAACUCAUGAAUGAAAGAUCGCAUGACUCACGUGAUUCUCACAUGAUGCUCAAGAAUAACAAAUUGAAUAGCGCAUGCUCGGGCACUGGGGGCAGAGCUACAAAUCUGAACUCCAAUAGGAAGUUGGAAGUUUGACUUUCUCGGGCGGUGAAAGUCGAAAAGUUGAAUAAAUCGCUCGGCAGCUUUGUUUUACAGUAUGACACCCUCUCUACUGAGGAAAAUGAUUUUGGUCUCAUAUCUAUGUACAUUGGCGGCAUUAAAUGUGCACUUGUUCAACCUAAAUAACAAUUAAAGGAUUUAACGGUGGGCUGUCUUUCCAGUCUGUAUAGUUAAAGGUAUUCUUUUGUGACACGCUUUCCACAGCGGUUCUGCUAAUAAUCUUAUCACCAGACAUAAGGCCCCUUUAACAAUCCAACACAUUUAAAUGCCCACUACACAACAAUGUAGGAAAUUAUGUCACCCCAUUUAGAAUGGAUAAUAAUAGCAAUGGAGGUGGGGUUCCUGGAAGCCUAUAUGUUCGUAAACAGGCAAGUCAUACUGCAAACAGUCCACGGAGCGAGCGGGCCAAUGGAAGUUGCCUUCAAAUCAGGUUUUCCCAAAUCAAUGACGUUUGUUGUGAUGCGUCGAUCAAGAUACGUGUAUUAAUGGAGAAAGUUUCUGGAGAGAGUUUGAUUGUGACUUGGAGAGGAAAAGAGCACAGAAGUUAAUACAAUGUUGUUGUGGAUUGGAUUUAUGUUCAUUACGGCCGCACAGGCUUACCAAGUGCUUCACGUUCGUUCCGCAAAGGGUUCACAGAGUUUUACAUGGGCCGAAGCAAAUGCAGAAUGCCAAAAACGUGGCAUGAAUUUGGCAUCGCGGAGUCAGCUUCAGACCGCAUUUCAAGAAGGCCUGGACGUCUGCCGGUGUGGUUGGAUACGAAAAAAGAUCGCUCUCAAACCUAUCCAGUAUCCAAGAGCGGGAUGCGGAAAUAAACGGAAAAUAGAAGUCUGCAACCAGGCUGCUGGAGCUGUGGCUGCCAUUUUUGGAAAUUCAAAUGCUGCCCAUGACGCAUUUUGUUAUUCACCCAAAGGAGAGUCACCAGAAAUGUCAACUGAAAUCUGUGACACAGACCGAGACACAACCUUAAAGUGUAGAAAAAACAACAGUCUCCUUCUGAUACUAGAAGUCAAAAGAUACAUGACGCAAACUUGCCGUGGUGAAAUUUCCAAUAUCACCGAUCACUUUCCUGCCGUUGCUGGACAGUGCAGCUUGAAACAACACUGCAAGGUGUCGCUGGCAAAUCUGCGCCUCCAGGACACAGAUGUCAACAAUUUGUGUACAUGCGCUUCCAUUAGAUACAGAUGUAUAGUUGAUAUUCCUGUCUUUGACAUCUGUCCAGCGACCAAAACAGAACUGACUGCCCCCGAGGGCUACCUCACCGGACCAAAGUACCCCAACCCUAUGCCGAACAUACUGAACAUAAUGCAGUGUAACUGCACAAUAAAAUCAUCGGGAAAAUUGACAUUUUUGAUACAAGAUAUUAAACUCCAUCGAAAUGUUAACAUAAAGGAGUGUCAACAAAAUCUUGGCAUUAUGGGGCCAUCUGAAAAUACCCCUCUGAAUUCAAAUACUCUUUCUUGCGCUGAUAAUGGGUAUGAGGAAAGGACAAUUUUCACAACUGUCAGUGAUUGGACAUCGCUUUUGUUUUGGAAUCGUCCGGAAAACUAUGAUGACACUGGCGGCGAUUACGGAGAUUACGAACCAGAGGAUAUCAGUGGAGGAAGAUUUCUCAUGAAAUAUGACAGUAAAUUAGUCAAAGGAAGCGACUUUAAGCUUGUCUGUGAACGUACAUGGGAUGUUGCACCACCUAUUAUUAAUUCUCAAACUUUACCGCCAUCCACUGCUUUAACCACACUGGUUGCAGUACCGCCAUCACCUCCAGGACAGAUAAAUCAAGGUGUUAUCAUUGGUGCAGCAGUGGGAGGGGGUCUCCUCAUUAUAAUCAUUGUCAUCCUAGUUAUUUUCAUCAUUAGAGGAAAACGACGAACAAAAAAAGGUUUCCAAAAACCUCCAAUUGGAGGGCAAACAAGCGAAGGGCAAAUAGCAAAUCCAUCCUAUAAUGCCGCAAUUAGAAAUGAUACGAUAGGUAACCAGAACAAUUUAGAAGCACAAGCAGUGUCAGGAUACAAUUAUAUCGACGAAUCUGACCUUGAUCGGGACAAUGUUGAGUUUUAUUCGACACCAGAUUUGGCCAAUGGCGUAGUCGAGGAGAGCAUUUAUGUUAAUGAUGAAAUUAGUAGGAUGGACUGUGUUCGUGGUAGCUACGAAGCUCUAAACCCAAAAUACAUUGAGCGCCAAGAUUCAAAUAUCUACGAAGGUUUUGAUGAACCGAAAAAGAAAGGUGUUUCGAGUAAAGCGUCGGGUAAAAGUAAUACAAGUGGACAUUCAUAUGCUAAGUAUGAAAGGGCGCCGCCUGACGGAAUUGAGGAGGAGAAUGUAUACGAUGAUUGUGUACCACAAGCACAACAGGAGGAAGAUAUGUAUGCCUCUGUUGAUGAUUAGAUCUGGAAACUUUAAUGGGGAGGAGGGGGGGCAGAAUUACCCUAAAUAACGGAAACAGGUAUCUCCCCCGCCCUCGGGAAGCUUUCAUCCAGUGAGCAACUAAAUGUGCUGUGAAUGUUUUAUUACAAACAGCAACAUUUUGGACUAUGCCACUCAAACAAUAGAACCAACUCCCACAUGCCUAACAUUCGACAAGUGCAAAAUUGGCCCAAUUAGGCAUUCCGAACUUUCAUUCGGACAAUGUAGAUAUUUUAUGUCAUGAUAUUUUAUAGUGUAUGGAAAACAAAUAUAUUUUGGUAUUUAUUCGAGAUUUA